AUGAACCAAGCGUCUAACGGGAAGGCGGAGCGAGCCUCACGCGCUCAAACCCAAAAGCGUGUGUCGCCGUUCGAAUUGCUGACGGGCACCGCGCCUGACUUGUGGCAGAUCGUCUUCUACGGGUCACAAUGCUACGUCUACCGCGACCCACGCAAGAACUCGCUGGCGCAGCGAUCGCACAUCGGGACGAUCAUCGGGAUCAGCAACGAGACCAAAGGGUACAAGGCCUGGUUGAGGAACGAAGGCAAGGUUAUCGUCACCCAGCACGUCAAACGAAUCAAAACGAUGACUGAGACUCAGAACGCGCAGCUGCAAUGCGCAAUUGACAGCGACGACCGAGCCGAAGCUGCGGAGGAGACAGCGCAAGAGAUAGAUGAACACGGCACGGGUGGCGCGACAAAGCGCGCUCAAGCAGCAGUCCGUCAGGAGGAGCCAGAAGCUGGUGAGGACGUCGUGAGUGCGGCGUUUAAACGUGACCCGCAGAACUACGCCAAGGCUAUGCGAAGUACCAGCGAGACGGCUAGCAGGGGUGGAUUUCUCGACCGUGAAGGUCAUCUUCGCGCUUGCUGCCACGUGGGGGUGCCUGCCAAGCAUGGAGACAUCCCUAACGCGUACGUCAAGGCGGCCAAAGAGGCGCACUUGCGGAUCUACCUUCAUCUGCCGCUCGGCAUGAGUGUAACCAGUGCGACUCUACGAAAACACGGCGCGGCAAAAGCUCGAAAGAGCUCGCUCUUGAGAUCCGGAAGAGCCUGUACGGGCUCAAGCAAGCCGGGCGGCUAUGGAGCCAGCUUCUCCGCACCGAGAUAUCGGCCGCAGUUUUUUGGCGCUGCGAAAGCGACAUUUGCCUCUAUUGAAAGCGAGACGGUACGGAUCUCGUCGUCGUCGUUGGAGUGUACGACGAUGACCUCCCUCGCAGCCGGGACGAGUGCCGCUGCGAUCUAUUGCUUCUUUGGCAGCCUCGCAUCGCUUUCGAUUAAGGACUUGGGCCGUGCCAGCAAGUUUAUCGGGAUGCGCGUGCAGCUAAGCGACGACGGAGGGUAUCGCCUGGACUGGGAUGAGGCGAUUGGCGGCCUCCCUGUGGAGCAACGGGCUUACAGGACGCGAUAUGCGACGCUAACGCCGACCGUAGACGAUAUCAACGCUGAGCAGCCAAGCGACGCGGAGCUCGUUGGAUCAGCGAAUGCGCCUCCGGAACCGACAGUGCGUGCAUUUCAAUCUCUGGUCGCGACGCGGCAGACGCACGCUUCGCACGUGCUUGACUGGAGUUUGGCGAAGCGCAUUGCGCGCUAUCUGAAGGGGACUGCAACGCUGAAGCUCACGAUGAAGCCUUCUCGAGAUGACAUGCAGCGCUGCGACAUGACGCGUUCAGUGACGCGACUUUGCGGGCGAUAG